AGCCAGUGAGGACCCACCCUCGUCACUCAACAAAUGCGCCAGUACGUACCUAAAGAACCCGAAACCUCCACCCAUCUGUCUGCUUGGUUCCUGACGACAAACCUGCCCGGGUCUCCUGAAGUCCCAAUUCGUACCACAACAUCAGGAGAAGAGACGAAUUGACUGAUCAAAAACAACCUCAAGAAGGAAGAAAGAACAAGUAACGGUUGCGAGAGACUGGCGCAACCCGACGCUUUACACCACAGCCAGUCCAUCCACCAUGGAUCCUCACGACCUGGACCAUCGGGACCACCGACUAAGUCACAAGGCGUCGCAAGAGACCUUUAUCUCGCUAGUACAACUCGACCCAGAGCCGAUACUAGACCCUUACCAAGAAGACGGUCCCGACUUUGACCCAACAAGAGAUGCCUCGCCCUCGGACGACGCCGGCGAAGGCGGCUCUCUAGCAGACUCGAUACACUCUCUCAAGUCAUCCGGAUCAGGAGGGACGGCCGGAGGCAUUGGUCUAACAAACACAACGACACCACUCGGCUUAAGCGGUAGCGGUCAUGGAGCGAUAUACUACCUAACCCGCAUCCAACGCUACUCCUCCUACACCUUCUCCCUCUUCGCCUCCCUCCACCUCGCCACAACCUCCGUCAUCCCUGUCCUGGCACGCUCGGUCCCAGCCUCCGAAUCCUACCUCCUCCUCGCGCGCGAGAUCUACCAAACGCCGCUUUCCGAACCCUUACUCGUCGCCCUCCCCAUCGUCGCACACGUCGGCGCGGGUUUACUCGCCCGCUUACUCCGCCGCCGCGAGAACCUCCGCCGCUACUACGGCGUCGGCUCCGACGAGAAAACACACGGUCUGAUCGCCAAGCCCACGGCGCGCUUCCUGCGCAGCGGCUGGCCGCGCCUCAGCUGGAUUGCGCUAUCGGGUUAUAGUUUCACGGCGGUGGUGGCCGCGCACGCGUUCAUGAACCGCGGCUUGCCGCUUGCGGUGGAGGGGGAUUCGGCCAACAUCGGGCUGGCGUACGUCGCGCACGGGUUUGUGCGACACGCGUGGACGUCUUGGCUUGCGUACGCGGCGCUGCUGGGGAUCGGGUGCGGUCAUAUGGUGUGGGGGUGGGCGAAGUGGUUUGGCGUGUCGCAGGGCGCUGGGUGGGCGUUGGAGAGGCAUACGGGCGUGCCGGAGGUGGAUAGGAAGGCCAGGCGCAAGAGGAGGAGGAGGUUGAUUUGGAUUAAUGCCGUAGCGGCGGCGGCGGCGGCGGUUUGGGCGGCUGGUGGACUGGGGGUUGUCGCGAGGGGAGGGGAGACGUUGGGGUGGGUUGGGAAGGUUUAUGAUGGGUUGUAUGAGAAGGUGCCCUUUUUAGCAUGAUGGGAUGAACUGAAGGGGAAAGAAAAGACUUUUGCCUUGGGGUUUUCAAGAGAUGAGAUGGAAUGAACAUGGUGCGGCGCAAUGCACGGCGCGCGCACGACUACCGGCCAUGCACCGCGCCCGGGACACAUGGGCGACACGGCGGUUGCAUUUCAAGACCCGUUUUGGCGUUUAAGAUUAGUACAUAUACUUUUAUGAUUUGUAGAUAGCAUGCAUGGUUAACGCUUAGAUUAUACAUACCAACAAGACAUGAACAUGAUGACAUCGAC